CGUACUCGACUAUAGCCAGUUCGAACGACAAUUAUUCGCAUAAACCAAUCGACCGAUAACCGGUACGCGUCAAGAUGGCAACCCCGCCGAAGGAGGCCAUGACCUCAGAUGGGUUAUCCAGCAAGAAUCUAAAAGACUGCACUUGAUCAAAACCUCUCAUCAUUAGGUAACAUAAUCUGAGAUGAGCCAUGAGCCGGUGUUCGAGCUUCCGCGCCCCGUCUGAAGUGUAUCCAACCAUGCCCAUUUGAUUGGAAAUUAUCAAUCUGGGUGACGGGUAUGGAGAUACAUAGACGACGGGGACAAACGUGGAGCUUGUUCUGAGAUUAUACGGCCGAAAACUUGAUCUGGAUAAUACCAGCGAAAGGAUCAUGCUCUCGAUGUUUCCCCUUCCCCCCGUGAGCAGCAACUAACACCUACCAGAAUACUCAAUCAAUUUUCACAAUGGCCCCAUCCGCAACCGUAGAAGUCGUUGAGCCUACUACCCUUCCCCACAAGGGUGGCAUCCCCGUUGGCAACGGCAAGAUCCAUGCCAGCGGAGAUGUUCAGGUCGCUGAUGGGAAGUGGAAGGACUUUUCUUUCCACUCCAUCAGGGAGUCGCAGGUUGCUCGUGCCAUGGCCCGUCGAUACUUCAAUGACCUCGACACCUACGCCGAGUCAGACAUCGUCAUCGUUGGUGCGGGCUCAUGCGGUCUGAGCACUGCUUACACCCUCGCCAAAGUUCGUCCUGACUUGAAGAUUGCCAUCAUCGAGGCCAGCGUCUCUCCUGGUGGCGGAGCCUGGCUCGGAGGCCAGCUAUUCAGCGCUAUGGUAAUGCGCAAGCCGGCCGACAAGUUCUUGACCGAUCUCGGCGUGCCCUUCGAGGACGAGGGUCCCUACGUCGUCGUCAAGCACGCCGCGCUCUUCACAUCGACUCUGUUGUCGAAGGUUUUAGCUUUCCCCAACGUCAAGCUCUUCAACGCCACCUCCGUCGAGGAUCUCAUCACUCGCCGCGACGAGGCUGGCGCCAUCCGAAUUGCUGGCGUUGUGACCAACUGGACCCUCGUCGCCAUGCACCACGACGACCAGUCUUGCAUGGACCCCAGCACCAUCAAUGCGCCCGUCAUCAUCAGCACUACUGGUCACGACGGGCCCUUCGGUGCCUUCAGCGUCAAGCGACUGGUGAGCAUGCAGGCGCUCGAGAAGCUCGGCGGCAUGCGUGGGCUGGACAUGAACACCGCCGAAGACGCCAUCGUCAAGGGCACCCGAGAGAUCGUGCCCGGCUUGAUCGUCGGCGGCAUGGAGCUCAGCGAGGUCGACGGAGCUAACCGCAUGGGUCCAACUUUCGGUGCGAUGGCGCUCUCCGGCGUGAAGGCUGCGGAAGAAGCCUUGAAGGUUUUUGAGCAGCGCCAGAAGGAAAACGCCGCCUAAAUUCGAGCCCUGAAUAUUCCAUGAGGACAGAUAAGGGAAGGUUUACAUGCGCUAUUGGUUAAUUGAGGUUAUCAAGGUCCACUUGCCGCUCUAGGUACCACCUUCAUUACUAGAAUGAAUAAAAUUGAAUGACUUAGUAGAACCACUUUGGAAUUUGCAGUGUGACUUGAUGGAUGUGAUUGACGAACUAUCCAGACCCAGUGAUGACAUUCUAAAACCCAGAUUCAGGAGC